GAACUUUCCUUAAGCAUGUCAAUGAUUUUGUUUCCUCUCCUCAACCUUGUUUUCCAGUGACCCACAAAGUGACGCAGGCGCUGUCGCUUUAAAGCGAACACCUCCCCCUCCCCCCAAUACUGAAGCCCCCCCCCCUCAAUCGAACAGAUAACAUGGACGGAUUCUACGACCAGCAGGUCCCAUUCAUGGUCCCACCCAGCCAGCACAAGUCUCAUGUGGACGGACCAUCUCACAACAGGCCUCUGAACGACAGGAAGAGGAAGUUUGUCGACACAGAACUCGCCCAGGACACGGAAGAACUCUUCCAAGACCUCAGCCAGCUGCAGGAGAUCUGGAUCGCAGAAGCCCAGGUGCCUGAUGACGAACAGUUUGUCCCUGAUUUCCAGUCAGAUAGCUUGAUGUUUCAUGGCCCGCCACCAGCCAAGAUCAAACGAGAGCUGACUCGCUCCAAAGAGCUGUCACCCUGCCGCCAGGACAGGAGUCCCAUGCCCUACGGAGAGAAGUGCCUUUACAGCUACAGUGCCUGCGACAGGAAGCCCACCCAAGGGUUCAAGCCAUUAACUCCCCCCUCGACGCCGGUCUCUCCUUGUGGCCCCACCAGCACACCAGGAACGCACCCACUGAGUGAGCAGACUCCCCCGCCUCACUCCCAUGUAGCCAAUCCGACCCCUGGGCCCCGUCCGGUGCACGUACAACAGUCUAUCACAGCAGGGCCGCCCAACCAGCAAGCACUCCCAGUCCACAGCCACAGCCCGCCCUUUGCUGUGCCCUGUGCACCCAUCAGCCAGGAUGCCAACAACUUCACACCUGAGCACAGGUUCCAGAGGCAGAUGUCAGAGCCAUGUCUACCUUUCCCCCCGUCAGAGAGUCCAGUGCGCCCCCAGUUCUUGCCCCAGCCUCCCAGCAGCAACAACAACCUGCCACGUGACGGGCGGCCACCAUACCACCGCCAGAUGUCAGAGCCGCUGGUGGCAGUGCCUCCCCAGGGCUUCAAACAAGAGCUCAUUGACCCACGAUACACCGAGCAGGGCGUCCCCACCAUGGGUCCGCCAGGUCCACCCCAGGGCCCUCAGUGUCAGGCGUCUUUCCACCCCAUGGCCAUCAAACAGGAGCCCCGUGACUACUGCUUUGAUUCUGAAGUGCCUAACUGUCAGUCAUCCUUUGGCAGAGCGGGGAGCUUCUACCAAAAUAACCAUGAAAGCUUCUCCUUCGACAGAGAUCCUCAGCUCUACUUCGAUGAUACCUGUGUGGUCCCUGAAAGAUUAGAAGGUAAAGUAAAACAGGAACCUUCUGUGUACCGUGACGGACCUCCCUACCAGCGUCGCGGCUCCCUGCAGCUCUGGCAGUUCCUGGUUACUUUACUGGAUGACCCGGCCAACGGCCACUUCAUAGCCUGGACUGGUCGCGGCAUGGAGUUUAAACUCAUAGAGCCAGAGGAGGUGGCUCGUCGCUGGGGCAUCCAGAAGAACCGACCAGCAAUGAACUACGACAAGCUGAGCCGCUCGCUGCGUUACUACUAUGAGAAGGGCAUCAUGCAGAAGGUAAAGGUGGCUGGUGAACGAUACGUGUACAAGUUUGUGUGUGACCCCGAGGCUCUCUUCUCCAUGGCCUUCCCCGACAACCAGAGGCCCAACCUGAAGGCCGACCCGGACAGCCUGCCGGGGGUGGACGAUGACACCGUGCCCCUCACCCACUACGAAGAGUCCGCUCCCUACCUGCUGGACUCCGGGGAGCAGUGUGUGGCGGGCCUGCCCUUCACAGACGGCUACGGCUACUAACACGUGGCAUCAGGCGUCCAGACGCAUGACACACACGUACACGCCAACACUCCCAAAGUCUCUCGACGCCCACUCUUAAAAGAAAACCCAGAGCUGGACCUGGCGAGCUGCUCGGAAGACGGGACCUCGCGCUCUGCUCUGUUCCUUCUCCUGCUCCCUGGAAAACCUUUAUUAAAAACUCUGUUCGCUCCCCAGCCAAGAUUGAACAAGGGAAAAACCUGCGACGGCUCUUCUACUGCACCAUCACAUGAACGACGGAGAAAGAGAGAGAGGGAAAGGGAUGUGAGGCCGGUGACAUUGAACUGGAAUCGGUCGCUCUCACAAGCUUAAGGAGAGGGGCUACUGUUGCUAUGGAGACCAAACGAAGCGAGGCCACAGCCCGCCAAAUUUAAACGAACUGGCAGACUUUCCCCGCCGCGCCCCCCACCCUUUGUACGAGACUGCAAACGUUGUUACAUCUGAUUUUGUGACAAUCUGCUUAUCUUGAAUACAAUCGAAUAAGAAUUAAAAACAUUAAAAAAAAAUCUAAUGAGAGAUAUAAAAUGCAGCAUUAUUCUAUAGUUGCCUUUUUGGGAUCCCACCCCCCACAUUUUUGCAUCACCACAUCUAAACUACAAAAUCCGUGAAAGGGCUUUAAAUUGCAAAAAUAAAAAACGGAUUAACAAAAAAUAUUAUUCUUCACCCACAAAUGAUCUUGUGUUCUGUAGAUAGGACAACGGUUUUAUUUUAGAGACCCAGAACUCUCAGGUUUCUGGGGCGAUGCUGUAUUUCAGUCGGUCGGGCUGCUCUCUUGUGUAAAUGUUAUGUUCUUUAAUGGUUCUCCACUUGUAAGAGAUUGUAUCUGCUUCCCCUUAGACUGCACCCUACAGUAGGAGCCCACAGUCUAUACACUCCUCUAGUCUCUGUUCAUUACUGCUGGGUCCUUAAUCGCUCGACUUUCAGAGGCGAUUAGCACUCCAUCUCCUCCAUUUCGAAAGGGAUACAUAACACGUUUUUUGCCAGAUAAUUCCCUAAAAAGCCUAAGAAGUUAUUAUGUAUGAUAAAUGGUCACGUUGCUCCUCUUCUUUUUCAUAAUUCUGUCUCGGUGCUUCACGUUUCCUUGGCAGUGUACUCGUCCCUCUGAUGCACCAGUAUGGCAGGAGCAUCAGGAAGCUGCAUGCAAGUUAAAAAAACAAAAAGAAAAGAGGGGUGGAAUUUUGACGCCCUUUUUUUUGGACACCUCUCCACCAAUCACGAGCUGUCAACUGGAAACCUCUGCUUCUCUUUGCAUGGUGUAAUCAGUCGAGACUGUGUGCCCACUAACAUAUCGCUUUACCGUCUCUGGACAACGAAGAUAUUUGUGAUAUUCUCUGCAAUUUUCUUGUGUUCAUGAUCUCUGUUUCUGAAUGGGGGCAAAGACAAACUUAUAUAAAGUAUAUAUUUUUGCUAUAAGGCUGCAUUUGUUUUGUUUUUAAUGUAUGAGCUGUAUAGUUCUGGCUUUAAUAGACAUGUACCUUUUUAAAAACCCAUCUCGACCCUUACGAUGCAACUUCUGCAGACUGUUUCUUCAGGAGAGCCCCGUGUCGGGGUCGGAGAGUGGAUGAGGAGUUGUUACUAUCCGACUGCAGAUGUGUGUCUAUGCAAGACGCACGGCAUCAUGGGAUCCACCCCAGGCACAGGGAUGAUCUGCACUUGUAAAGGCUUCAGUCCACUCCCCUCACAAUGUGUUUCUUACACUGCUGAGUUUAUAAUAAUCUGUACUGGGUACAAUAAACGGUCCUCUAUGCUUCA